AUGUCCGAUGUGUCACCCUAUGGUGAGCGUGUCGAAUUGAGGAACCGACAGGGGUCAUUUUCGGUCAGAAAAAACAGUUGGAAAGAUUUACAGGUCGCCGUGAAACAAACAAAAUCUCUGCAACAAAGUCUGGUAAAUCGAGUGCCUCAUUCAUUUACAUUCUGCGAGAACAAGCUAUAUUUUCUGGCCGUUCCUUUUGGAAGCCGUGAGAACACAAUCCACUAUGUCGAUCUGCCUGGACAACACAGUUCUGCCAAUGGUGAGAAAGAAAACGAUUUUUCUCCUCUUCCGUGGAAACCUUUACUUGACUCAUUUAAGAUCAGCCGUUCGUUUUCGGGAUAUUCAAGGGAAGAACAGUUACUGCGGGAGAGGAAACGCCUUGGAGCAUUUGGAAUCACCGCUUACGAUUUCGAUGAGACAUGUAGAAGGUUCAUGUUUUCUGCGUCAAGUAGUUUGUAUACUUGCACAGAUUGGCGAGUUGACGAAGAGGUAAGCUUAGGUUGGCGUUGAGAGUUUAACGACUAUAUUUAAUGAUAAAGCGUUAUGGUUGCAUUGCGUGGUUUUCCUUUACAAGGAGAUCCAUCGGAGAUUUUAGUUUCCUUUUGAACAAGUAGCGUGAUUACGAGGGUUUAGUUAUAUUACAUAACUUAGACAAGCUAGGAACUGUUGAGUAUUUGCGAUCUACAAUUUAUUUUCAAUUCAAUCGUGGUAAAUGAACAGGAGUAAGCUUAGACUGUAUUUCAAGUGUUGAUGUGAUCCGUAAUUAAUGCACGUGAGUGAUUUCUUUAAUCGUGUAAACUUGAUGUUGUAAUAUUUACGCUUUCGAUAUACAGUCAGUGUUAAAUCACGUUAUUGUGUUUGUUUGAGCAUUCAUGGCCCAGCUAGUGGUAUAGAAUAAGACCGAAUAAUGUUCCAUCACCCAUCUGUCUCUUGUAUUCUGUAAAACUUGCUCAGGCUUUUUGCUUUGUGGAAAACAAAGUCAUCUUCAUAAAUUAAUUUAAUUAAAUGCAUGCUUGACCAAGAUAAUUGUAGAGUUGACCCUCUCUAUUGGAUCCUCUUCCGCAGGAGAUCACGUUCUGUAGAAGAUCACUUUUCUGAUUCUAGUAAAAUUACUGUUUGCCAGAAUUUCUUUUUUUUUGAAAGAGUGUUUGUGAUGGGAGAGGGACACCCCAGAAACAAAAAAUAAAUUUUACAUCUGUGAGUUAAAGUUAUGUUUUGAAAUUGUACAGCAACCACAUUUUGAGAUUCAAGAGAGGGUUUCAACCUUUUGAAAAUUGUCUUCAAAUGUGCGAAAAGUGUAACCACCAGGGCUGUAGCCAGACUUCAGAACAAGAUGAGGCAAGUUUUGAGCGCCAAAGGCGUGAACUGCCAGGGGGGUAUGGGGGCAUACCCCCCCCCCAGAAUUAUUUGAAAUCUAGACAGUUUUUGAGUAAUUGGAGUAGAUUACAUAAACAUCUGACUCUCAAAAUGUGGUUAGAAGGUAGUAAACUUUUAAACCUUAACUCACAAGAUCUGAUUGUUACACAUUUCCUUGUUAAUUAGUUUGGAGAAUUUGGUAUUAGACCAAGAUAACAGCUUCUACCUGAUAAGUUUUAAGUACCCCUAAUUUUUUGAUUCAGCAUCCGGGGUGCUUAUUUACUUAUGAUAUUUCAAGGGAGGGCACUUAUUCGAAACAGGGUGCUGAUCAAGGAAAGGGUGCUUAUUUCCUUUUGAAAAUAAAGCAGAAUGUGCAAAACAAAGUGCUGAUGUUUCCUUAAAAAUAAUCAAAAGACUGGAAACAGGACUUGUUUUUCCUUGGAUCUUUUCUUUGAUGCAAAUUUUGAAGACUAAAUUAUUUGUUUGAAGGAACUUUACACUCAUGGGGACAUAAUAAUAGAGAGACAAGGACGGCUGUGUCUGUAAUGAGGCUUUCAAUAAGCAAUUUAGGGAAGAUGAACUACGAUCUCAGUUUACAUGCACUCAAAAAGUGCUAUUACUGAAACAGAAUAGGGGAGCUUAUUGGAAUAGAGAACCUAUACACAUGAGGGUGCUUACUCAAUAGGGGCACCAUUAGAAUAGGGAAGCUUGUAAACAAAAACAAAUUGGGGGGAGAGAGGGAAUGCUUUUUGGAAUGAAGGUACUAUAUCAAAUCAUUGCCAUAUAUUAGUUACCAGUGUGCUGGAUAGUGUAUGUAGUUUAUUGGCAGAGGUUACAUGAUAAUUAUUUCUGGAAGUAAGAGGGUUAAGUGGUGGUGAUGAAGAUAGCGUGGUGUCUAGAGCAGAAUCUUCAUCUAAUUUAGCUAAAUUUUCCAUUAUUUCCAUUAAGUAUACAGAAAUCAUCAUAGGAUCUAAUGCACUUGUGACACAUUUUGAGAGUAUUGCUCCUGAAAAAUGUUAUCAGUUUUUGUUAGUGACUGAAUUUAUUAUACCCUCUCUUCUGUUAGGAUGAUAAUAGACAACCAAUAAUUCCAGAGGAGUUGCAUUCCCAGACCUCAGAGACAAAGAUGGAUGCUAAAUUAUGUCCAUGUGAUCCCAACUUGGUAGCUUUUAUUCAUCGUAAUGAUGUCUGGGUCAAUAAUAUUGUCACAGAGGAAGAAAGGAGAUUGACAUACACAAAUCAAGGUUCACCAAGUCCAAUGGAGGAGCCUAUAUCAGCUGGUGUGGCUUCAUUUAUUGUUCAAGAGGAGUUUGAUAGAUAUACUGGCUACUGGUGGCAGCCAAAAUUUAGCACUGAUGAAAGUAAGUACCAAUCAAGAAUAUUUAUGUUUGUUGCAGGGUCAAACAGUCAUAUCCAAGCAUUGUAAGGGAUGUCUAUCAGUCGCAUCAACCAGUGUCUACGUAGUGGUAUAAUUCAGCUACUUCGCAUCCUCAGAAGUAUUGAUCAGAAGGGCAUGGCAUCAGUCUCUCUUAACAUGUUCAUGCCAUUGGCCAAAUAUUCUCAUGUUUAAUUUUGUUAUUAGGUGUCAAAUUUACCUUUUUCUUUGUGAUAAUGAGAAGUUUAGUAAUGUUGUGGUUUCCUACAGGGUUUUUGUCAUGCAAACCAAGUUUAAUAGCUUAUCUAUCUUGGGUAUCUAUAGCUCAGAAGUUAAUCACCUUGUUGAGACAGACAAUCCCUGGGCAACUAGCUUUGUAAUACAGAAUGUCUGAUGAACUGAUUAUCAGAGUGUAUGACAUACAAAUGAUUACCAAACAGACAACAAGAAGGGCUGGCUAUUUCAAUAUCAGAUUCACUCACUAGUAAUUAAGGAGGCUAUGACUGAGAAUGACUGACAAUUGACUCACUGUCAGAGUGACCCAUUGAGGAAUAAUUGCCCAACUGACCGAAAUAACUGAAUGACUGUUGAAAUAACUGAUUGACAAAAUAACUGCCCAACAGACCAAAAGAAUUCAGUGAAUGGUAAAUAUUCACUGAUCAACAAAUGACUCUCCAACAGAUAUUAACAUGUAGGAUGACAGACAAAGUUAUUUUUAGAAAAACUUACCUGCAAAAUUACAUUAAAUCAACUGACUGACAAAAUAGCUGGCCAACAGACAAUGAGAAGGACUGUCCUAGUCAAUGACUGUCCAACAGAAAGAAAAAUUUUCUGACUAACUUUUUGUCAGAAUGUCUGCCUAAAAAAUGAUUGUUUUACAACCAAAAAGAACAUCUGAUCACCUGAUUGUCAGGAUGAGUGACUGACAAAGUGACAGACAGAUCUAUUUUUGUAAAAAAACUUCACAGAUGGGUAAUCAGAUAAACUAACUGAAUGUUUGAUCAACUGACUUUUAAUUAAUGAAAGACUAAAAGAUUGAUUUAUAGAGACAAAUUGACAGAUUAACUAAACCACCAAAAGUCUUUCAAAUAUUAAAGUUCCAAACCCUUUAACCCCUAAGAGUGACUACUGACCAUUUUCCCCUGUCAGUAUCACUCCUAAAACAAACAUUGAGGUCAUGAGAAUAAAGAAAAUGAUUACCAACUAAAGAUGCUAUUGAUUAUUAGACAAAUUCUCUUUGUCAGUACCACAGGAAAUGUAUAGAGAGUAGUGAGGAGAAAAUGUUUAAUGAUGCAGUGUUCUCCCUUAUUUUAAGCAUGAUGGGUAAAAUAAAUUUUCAAACCAGUAAAGUAAUCCUUUUACCUGUUGAAUUUUCAAGAAUUCCAAGCAAUUUUAAACAGUAAUAAGAAGUACUACAGGCGGUAAAUGUUACCGUUUACUGCCUGAAAAAGAGAACACUGAUGAUAAUAGGGUGUAGAGGGUUAUAUGUAAGUCUGAUUUUAAUAUUGUUGCUCAUCAUACAUGUCACAGCACAGUUCAUCAGGAUUGCCUCUCAGUCUUAUUCUGUACCUCCAGUGCAUUAUUUCCUAUAAGGCGUUCUUAAAAAAUUUUGUAGUCUAUUGCUUCACAUGUAUCUAAGAGAACAGAAAUACAUGAAAGAGCAAACAGAAAACAAGGAUCAAAUGAACACUAAAUGUAUAGGAGGUCAUUCACAUACAUGCAGUUUGAAUACUCAUAAUGUACAAGGAAGCUCAAAAUUAAUACGUGGGUAAUUUAGUGUUAACAAUUGAGUUGAAAACGUAAAUUAGCCACCAUAAAGGGUAAAAAAGCUGAUGUCUCGGGCUAAUGCUCGAAAUGUCAGCUUUUUUACCCUUUACAGUGGCUAAUUUACAUUUUCAACUCAGUUGUUAACACUAAAUUACCUGCUGUACUCUCCCACCAACACAGCACCACAGUUUCUCUAGAAACUUACCCCUUUAUUCAAAAUUAAUUCUCUUUGUUCUAUUUCCAUAGACCUAACAAGAACUUACAGAAUUUUAUUUGAAGAGGUAAUGAAAAACCUGUAAUCCUUAUAUGUGAUAACCAGGAUUUGCACUUUGUUUUUUUUUUGUGGCAUAUUAUCUUUUUUAUUAAACAAAUUUUUUCUUCUUUUCACCAGGUCGAUGAGAGCUCUGUAGAAAUUCUUCACAUUGUAUCUGGUCCAGACAGUAUGGUGCAAAAUAGUCAUGUAGAUAGCUACAGAUAUCCUAGGGCAGGUAUGAGAAUUUUUUCCCUUGAACUAUCCAAUUUCGCUAAACUUUUCUUUUUACCGGGUUCUUAUACAACGUACUUCCAAUUAGAAAGCUGCAGCUAGACUCAAAUUUAUUCCUGCAGCCAGAUUGGGAUUAGGGCCUGUCUUGUUGUUUUGAGAGGUAAAGCUCAUGUGUCCCUGAUCUCAAGGCAGAAGGGAGGGGAGGUGGGUUACACUGGAGGGCUUAUCUGUAAUGGAGAGUGCAAGCAAAAGGAGAGCUUUUGAGUUUUCAGAGUGACUAUUGGUAUGAGGUGUGUUUAAAAGGCAAAACUUAUUCCCAAUGGGUGGUGCGAUCAUUACAGAAAAAGGAAGACUCAGUGCUCAGCUAAUCAAAAUACUUUUAUUGAAUACAGUAGUUUAAUUUUUUUUCAAUCUUAAGUUUCUUACACUUAAAAAAAAUUAUGGCUUUUUUUAAUCAGGCUCUGCCAAUGCUAAAUCCAAACUUAAAAUUGUCCAGUUCAGUAUUGAUACAAGUGGCAAGGUAAGGUGACAACUUACAUAAUAUGGAAUCAUAAUUUUGACCUUAAUUUACUUGCUUGCGCAUAACUUGAAACCCAAAUUGUGCAACUUGUGCAGAAAAUCGAGUUGGUUCUUACUUUCUUCAGAGAAAACUUGAAAAUCAAUGUGAACAUUUUCAGAGCUUCUUUAACCCUUACACUCCUAAAAGUGACUAGCAUCUAAUUUCUCCUCACACUAUCACCCCUGAACCAAACAUUAAGGUCAUGAGAAUAAAGGAAAUGAUCUCUAACUAGAGAAGCUCUUGAUUUAUAAAAACAUUUUCCUUGUCAGAACCCUAGGAAAUGUAUAAAGAACAGUAUAGAGAAUAUGCAUACUAAUGUUAGGAUGUAAAGGGUUAAAAGUCUGUUUUUCCAAUUGUUCUGAGAAUACAUGUAAGUAUAUUUUUCUAAAUUUGUUACAAAAAUUGCUUUUCUUAGUUACUGGUAGAUUAAGUUAACAGGUAAUUUCAAAAUGACAAGAUGCAUCUUACUGAUUUAAAAUUGUUCGUAAGUGCAUGAGUAUAACUUUAUAGAAUGUAUUCUUGAGUUUUAAGAACAAGUAAUAAUAUUUGUAUUGGUACUUUGGUUUUUGUUCCUUCAGAUCUGUGAUCAUGUGAUUGAAUAUCAGAUGAGAGUUCCACUUUCAGAAGCAUUUCCUUUCAUGGAAUACCUUGUGAGGUGUGGUUGGUUACCAGAUGGUGAAAGGUUAGGCUUGUAUCUUGAGUUGCUUAUCCCCAUUUUCUUCUUUCUUUUUCUUUAAUUUGUUAUGGUGAACACUCUUCUGUAUAAUCAAUAUGAAAGAUUUGAGGAUUUCUUUUUAUUUGCCUGACUUGCAGUGUGUAUGCAGAAAUACUUGAUAGAAGUCAGCAGCACCUUGCUUUGGUUCAAAUCCCUGUAGCAUUCUUUGUUCCUGUUAACCAUCCAGCAAAUCAGUUGUUGACAAUAACGGAAGGCAGCCCUAUGGUUGAAGUGUUAGCAGAGGAGUCAAAUGAUAUAUGGAUAAAUGUAAGUUAAUCAUUAACUUAACCAUGAUAUUUCUUGUAAUAAGCACCCUCUCCCAAAUAAGCACCACUGUUCAAAUAAGUGCCCUCUCCCAAAUAAGCACCCACCCUCUUAAGCUGCAAUAUUUCCUGGAACCCCCUCAAAUUAAGGGCCCCAACUCAUCCCACACUUUCUUAAACAGUAAGGAUACAAGUUUAGAUUGUAACAGCUACUUUUUAAGCUUCAACUACGGCAGAAUUGUUACAGGUCAAGUGCUUAUCUGAGGGAAUACAGUAUUCAACUUACAUGUUUGUGAGCCCCAGUCUUGGAUCCAGCAGAAGGAAGAGACACAGUACUUGAAAGUGACUUCAAUUGUCUCAAAAGAAUCUAAGAUAUAAUACAGUCUCUUAAUUCAGCAAGUAUUUCAAUCUAUUUUCUUCCAGGUUGCUGAGCUCACUCACUUUUUACGCAUGAAUGAUUCAAGAUUGCAGUUCAUCUGGUCUAGUGAAAUAUCAGGGUUCCGUCACCUUUAUUUAGCAACUGCAAACAGUAAUCACACACUUACACGAGCAAGGGCUGGUAGUUUUAUUUCAGAGUGUUGUAUCCAUUAUCCUCUUGUGACCCAGCGGCAAUUAACAGAUGGGGAUUGGGAAGUCGAUGGUAAAGAGGUAAGUAAAUUAUUGUAAAAAAUAUAUAAAUAUUAAUACUAAAUACAAUAUAAAUAUAAAUAUAAAAAUGUUAAUGCAAGUUUACCAAUUUUCAGAUUUGGGUGGAUGAAAAUCGCAAACUUAUUUACUUCAUGGGCACCAAAGACACACCCCUGGAACAGCAUCUGUGAGUAUCAUACUUUAUUACUAAUAUGUCUCAGUUAAUAUGUGCAUUACGGUUGGUCAAUUUAGCAGGCUGUGUUUCAAUGUGCAACCCACUUAACUCAAAACAUUGUUCAAAUUUUAAUUUUUCCCAAACUCUGAAGUAAAACUUGUUACUCUCUUCACCUGUGCAUUUUUUUUUUUUUUUUUUUUUUUUUUCUAUGCUUUCACUGCUUAGCUGGCUAUCAAAUUAAUUUCAACUUUCUGCACUGUUCUCGGCCAAUGAGCAUGCUAAAUUUUUGCAUGUGUAAUCCAAUUUCACUUGAUUUUAUGCUUUAAAUAGAGAAAAAUAAUUUUUUUCAGAUAUGUGGUUUCAUAUGCAGAGUCUUACUUCAUGGAGCCACAGCGCCUAACCCAAAAAGGGUUUUCCCAUGCAGUCUCUCUAAACGAGGUAAAGGAAACCAAUUAUGUGACUUGCUUUUUAUAGCUGUUUGCAUCGUAGACAAUUUUGACUACCAUAUGAAAAUCAAAAUUUCCAUUUUUCUAGACCUUCCUCUUCAGUUCAUUAAACAUCAUCCCAUCUACAAAUUUAGAAUAAUAAUUUAUUAAUUUAGUAAAUGUUUAAUUUCCUUUCAGAGUUUUACUAAAUUUGUCACAGUUUAUUCCUCUAUACAACAAACACAAGCUGUGAUGGUAUAUCAAAUGCAUCAUGAUGAAGUAGAGAUGAACAAUGUCCCCCUCAUCACAGUUGAACCAAUUGCUGAAUUGCUGAGGGCAAAUGGUAUGAAUUGCUUGCUUAGUUAGAACCAUUGAUCUCAUGGGUGUAACUCCUUGCAGCCUGAUGACAUUGUCAUGUGACAUCUGUUUGUGGCACUAAGGUUAACUAUAUGAAUAAGUGGCAGUUACAAAGCAAACUCAUGCGAGAUAAUUAUCAGCACAAGGGGAUAACUUUGUAUCCAAAGGCAGUCAUAAUGUUCUGUUCAUUGUAUUCCAAAUAUUAGUCAGUUUUUAAACACAUUUUAAGGUUUUCAAUUGCCUAGAUCACCUAGUAUAUAAAUAUACAUGAAAUUUUAGCUCCUGGAAACACUACCUCAGCCUUUUUACACACAUUGCACAGUAUACACAUAAAUUUUGAUGAUCAUUAGUGAUGUUUUAGAACCAGGAGAUUAAGACAGAUAUGUUGUUGAAAUGUAGAUCAUUAAAAUUGAUAAUAGCUAAAAAUGGCACAGUAUGUCAGUUUGCCAAGAGAUUUUUUUUUUCUCUAGUUAUCCCAGAUUACCAGCCACCAGAACUUUUCUCUUAUGAAAGCAAGCAUGGUAAGUUGAAAAGAUAAACCUCAUGAAGUACAUGUACCAUGUAAUAGAUGUUUCAUGGGGAACAUGAUAUGUUGCCAGUUUUGCUGGGUUUCAGGUUUUUGUGUGUGCAUUGUUGCAUACUAUAAUUAUUGGCAUUGUUCUGUUUUUUUUUUUUUUUUUCCUCUUUUUAUGUAUGUUUGUAUGUAUGUAGUGUGUCUGUACUUUUUAUCAUGGGAAAGCCCAAAAUUAUUUCUAUCUUUAGAAACUACAAAUUUUUAUUCUUUAUAGAACAUAUUGUAAAUUGCAGGCUACUGGAUGUGUUGCUACAAUUUUUGUAGUUUGUUUUACUUCAAUGUACUCAGUCUGUAUAUUUUGGGCUUAUUCUUUGGGCUAUGAAGCAAAGCUUGUACGUAAAAAUUAUUGGUAAUGCCUGAAGCCUUAAAUUAGCCUCACAUCUGGCUGUAUACUAUUGUAGGCACACCAAAUAACUCAAUAAAAACAAAACCAAAUAAAAGUCUUGGAGUGUAUCAAUAGUGUCAGACUCUCAUAUCUACAGUUGAGUAAUAGUUGUUCACAUGUUCUCCCAGUCAGAUUAUCUCGUUGUGACAAGCUUUGAUUGUACAUGAAAUUUGUCUGAGUUUUUUCAAGUUUCUGUGGGUACAAAGGGUUGUUAAAUAAGAAAUUGCUAAAAUAGGUCAUUCUUAUCAGGACAUCAGGUGUAUGGAAUGAUGUUCAAACCUCCCUCAAUCCAACCUGGAGUCAAAUAUCCAACUGUUCUUUAUUUGUAUGGAGGACCUCAUGUUCAGGUAAAGAAACCAUAAUUUAUCUCAACAUUAAGUACAACUUGAAAGCCAAAUAGUUAUCUUUAGAUUCUCUUUUUUAAUUUCUUACAGUAAAUGAAGGGAACAAGCAGUGUCCCAUACAUGGAUAUAUUUGUUAACAGUUUUAAGCUACAUCUAUUUUUGUUGUCUCCUUAUCGUAUUUCUUGUUGUUAAUAGUCCAUUUUACAGUUGUGUGCUUGGUUGCCAAGCCUUUGAACAGGAAUAAGGCUAAGGGUGACCUUGUUAUGAUACAAACCUUGCUGCUUUUCAAAUGCAAAUUACUUUGUUAUCAUGCUAACUAGAUACUGGUCUCUAUCACAACAAGGUCACCUUCAGCCUCACUCCAAAUCAAAGGCUUGGCAACUAAGUACUAGUGUCUGUCUCAAUGAGACAUUAAAUUUCAAUUUUAUCAAACAAGUAACAUACUGGAACAGGAAACCUGUGCUACUUUAUCAAUGCUAUACCUGUUUAUUAUUUGGCAGCUGGUGACCAAUGCUCACAAGGGUUAUCGCUUUCUCCGACUACACACCAUAGCAAAACUGGGCUAUGUUGUGGUAAUUAUGGACUGCAGAGGUUCUGCACACAGAGGUCUUCAGUUUGAAGGACAUAUCAAGAGUCGCCUGGUAUGUGUCAAUUUACAGAUUUAUAGGAUGCAGAUAAAGUAAAGUUAUGAUUUUGUAUUUAUUCUUACCAGAAUAAAUUAAUUGAUCUGAGUUGAUCUAUCUUUUAACAACUCAGUAAUAGAAUGGAAUAAAUUACUAACAGUCAUUUGAUAAUAAUUAUCAAUUAUUAUUACUCACCUGGCAGUCAAUAAGCAAUACUCACCCCUUCCCCUUCCCCCUCCCCCCCCUCCCCCCCCCACCACCUUUCCACCGGAAAAAAAAGAAAUUGUGUCAGUCCAUGGUGUCUUGUCGGACAAGGAGGUCUUAAUAUUUCAAUGUCUUUUUUUUUUCUUUUUUUCUUUUUUUUUUUUUGGUGGUGGAAGGGGAUGGGGGUGACUAUACUAUUAUUGCUUAUUGACUGAGUGAUUGUCAAAUAACUGUAACAUUUAAUUUAGCAAUUUUGUCCAUUUUGUCACUGAGUUCUUAGCAAUUAAAUCAACUACUCAUACAUGCAUACAAGGGUACUCUUUAGGGAAAUGUUCAUUUAAUAUUGUAUCUCUUUGUAUCAAGUGAUAAUGGCACAUCGUUUGAUCCAUUGGCAAUAAGGACUCAUUAAUCACUCAGACAAUCAUAUAUACCACAAUGUAUCUACUGUUUAACUCAGCCACAUUAAGAGAAAACUCCACCUUGUUCACAGUUUAAUCCCUUGAGUUCAUAAUUCAGUGAAACUUGCUGUUGAGAGAUGUUCUCUUUUAAUUACUGGAUUCUACAACAUUUUGAAUAGUUUUUGAUUUAAGGAGGCUGCAGAUAUAUAAAUUGUCUUUCUUUCAGGGUCAAGUAGAGAUUGAAGAUCAGGUUGAAGGGUUAGAGUAUGUUGCUAAAGCAACUGAAAUCGUCGACUUGUCCAGAAUAGCCAUUCACGGCUGGUCCUAUGGUAAAUAUGGCAAUGCAUCUAAGCUGUAAUUAGUACCCCCUAAUAGUAAUGGUUUAAUUCCUGUCAAGGAGACAAGUUUAUCUCCCAGCUUGCUCUAACUUACUAUUAACAACCUCUUAGUUAGUAAUGUGAUGCAGAUAGGCCAAACUGUGGAACAUUGAGAUGUUUUAUUUUGGCUCAAAUCACCCAUCUCCUCUCUAAGUUACAUAAUGCAGAUUUGAUUAGGAAAUGAUUUUUUAAUAAAUCCCUUUAAAAGGGUCACAGAUCGAAGUAGAACCAUUAAGGAAAAUGGGAUUCAUAGUAAUUUUUAUUCAUUUGGUGAUCAUUAAAAUCAUGAAUUUUCCUAAGAUGGACUUGUAGAUAUUUUUCUGUAUGUGGGAAAUUCCUAGACAGGCAAGUUUAACUGGCUUCCUGUAUUGUUUCAGUUCUGAACCAAAUAUUUUUGUUGUUAUCCCAUUUUUCCUUUAAUUUUUAUGAUGUUACAUGAAUUGGAAUUGUUUCAUUUGUUUUCUACCAUUCAGGAGGUUACUUGUCCUUGCUGGGCUUGUUACAGCGUCCAGAUGUGUUUAAGGUAAGAGAAGUCAGAGUCCUUUGUGUCAUUCAUUGUCUGCCUCUGAAAUAAAAUUGUGAUGACAUGUAUUUUCAAAGUUACAUUUGCUUGACAUUUUGUGCCACAGGUUGCCAUUGUUGGUGCCCCGGUGACCACAUGGACAGCUUAUGACACUGGUUACACAGAGAGAUACAUGAAUACACCUGCAGAAAAUCCCCUUGGAUACAAAAUGAGCUCUGUGCUAAAUUAUGCAAAUCGAUUCCCAGAUGAGUAAGUGGUGAUCUGUUUCUAUUACUGUAUUUGCCUUUUUCUCAUUUGUUUUCGAUUGAUAAAAAUUUAAUUUUAAUUGUGUUUAACAACACUGGAUGAUUUUGUGAGUGAUGGUAAUUUCAUAGUUGUCACCAAGGUUAUGAACAGAAUUUCCUUUAUUCUUAAAAAGCAUGAUUUUCCUUCCAUAUGGGAUAUAGCACAGUGAACUUUUAUCAAGUGAACAACCAUCCAAUAAAUGUUACAGCAUUUCAGCUCUGCAUUUACACUUCUGUUAUGCAACUUUUCUCAAAUCAACUGCUUAAAUAUGAAGCUGAUUGUAAAUUAUGUUUUAUAAAUAAUUAUGUUUUUGUGGGUGGAAUAUGACAUGUUUAUGGCAAAGACUGUCUUAUUACAUGUACAUGAAAGAGUUUAUGAUAAUCAUAAUAUUACAGUAACUAUAAUUAAAAUUCAUUAUUUGGUUAAAUUAAAACAAAGUUACCUGUACUUAUAGUUAUAUUUCAAUCAACAGAGAGAACAGACUGCUUCUUGUACAUGGCUUAAUUGAUGAAAAUGUUCACUUUUACCAUUCAAGCUUGCUUAUAACUGAACUGAUAAAAGCCUGUAAGCCAUAUCAGCUUCUGGUAAGAAUGCAUCCCUAAUUUUGAUAAUAUUUGAGAUGGAACGUGUUCAUGCUGGUCUAAAGUCCAGAGAGCCACAGAAUUCAACCAUUUCUCUAUCCCGACUAGUCUCCUUCAUAGCUGGUGUUUGGUCUUGUUCCACACACUCUAGAGUGCAUUGUGUGACACGACCAAAUCGUGUUUGGGAAGGAGACUAUCUUCAGACCUGCUUGGAAAGUAAUUGAAUUUUUCUAAGUGAAAGUCAAAAUCGUGGAAAAUAACUGAAUGCAAUUUUUAUGUGGACAACUAAUCAAGAAAUACCUUGAUUGAAUGGGUGGUUACACUUUAUUUUUAGACCAUUAUUGUUCCUAGAAAGCAUCACCAAUAUUAGUUUUGGGAAAGAAUAUUGCAAGUCAUAAUUUUAAUGUGGGUCUAAAGACAGAGAGUACCAGACCAUUAUAAGGUACCUCUCUCUCUCUUGUUAGCAACCUUUUAUAUAAAGCCAUGUUGAUCAAUCUAAACACACUGAUUGCCUCUUUCUAUUCAUGUAUGAGUUUGAGUGGAGAGGAAACUGAUUUUUCAGACCUUGUAGAUUGAGCAUUUGUUAAAUACCUUGUCGUUAAUGUUCUUGACCAAUAUGGGUAGGUAUUCUAAAACAUCCUCAUACAAGAACAGUUAACUACUAACUAAGAUGCAAAGUGUAAAGUGAUGAGUGAUGUUAACCAUGAAUUAUGUUAACUCAUUGCAGAUCUAUCCAAAUGAGAGGCAUGGCAUACGUCAGUCAGUUUCAUCAGAACAUUAUGAGACUAUGCUGCUCUCCUUUUUACAGAAGAAUCUGUAGACAGUGGGUUGUGUAAUUAUAUACUUUGACCCAGUCUUAAGCUGUGUGCUGGUCAUUUGUCAGCUGGGAAAUAUCCAAAACUAAAAUAUCAAGAAAAAACAAAAGAAAAAAUGAAAAAAGAAACGAAAAAUAAGAAAAAAACUACUAGGCCAGUAAAGCUACUUGAACUCUCUGACUUGCAGGAGUGCCCUGAGCAUAAAUUCUCCUCUCAAUUUCUAAACAUUUCAAGCAGACAGGUAAUGAGAAUAAUUAAACUAUCAUAAGAGGAUUUGUGAUCAUAAAUUACCAGGUUCUCAGGAUCAGCCAAUAAAGAAGUUUGUGAUUGGUUGUCAGGUAGGAGAAUUAAAGGAACAGGUAGUUUUAAUUUCUAGUUAGAGGAAGUAUUAGCAACAUUGACUCUAUUAGGUAUUACUUUCAAAGUUUAGUCAGGAUAGUAACAUGCCCAUAUUAGCUGUUGUGUGGUCUGUUUAAUACAUGCCUUGCAUUGGCUGGAACACAACAGCCAUCAAAUUGAGAAUUACUAUUAAUGAAGAAUAUAUUUGAAGCCUUGUUGCUUUCAUGUUUGGGUUAAAUAUAAGUGUGGAUUCUGAUACAGUUUAUCAGCUUUCAAAUUGUUCUGUUACACUUUGGCUCAGCAGGAAUCAAUUUACAGUAACAUUAAUUUCUGGAGACAAUGAACACUAGCAAGGGAACAUAGCUUAGAAGUCUUAUCAGGUUCUGCUGUUUAAAUAGGCAUCACAUUUCCUAUUUCAAAUUCUAGUUGUUUCAAGCUAAAAGCAUAAAUUAAUGUAUUAAAACUAUUCAAGGCAUGUUACACAGUGCUGAUUGGAAAGUCAUCUCUUGUAGAUUUACAAAAUAAGCUAACACCCUAAUUUAUCAGCAUAUUUUAGUCUAGCUAAGAACUUCAGUCAUUUUUAAUUUAAAAUUAAUAUAAUUUAAACAGCAUUACCAACCCCACCUACAUGUAUUGGUGUAUCAGGAUGGGCCAGAAUCUGAUAAAUUAUGUUUAAAACCGUCAUUCUGAUUAUUAUGAUUAUAACUAUGGGGAAUGUUACUGGCAAUUAUAUCUGUUGAAAUUUAUUUAAAAUUGACAAUAUAGAGAAAUGCCCUUGAGAUCUUUAACCAACAUAUGUCCCUCCUAAGGAGGUAAGUUAGAAAUUAUUUAUUAACAAACACAACCCUUUAUCUUAUACAACAAACAAAAGAAGUAGCUGAAGCUACCUGCAGUUAUGAUUUACAUUUUCUGAGCAUUUGAGCCAAAUUUUGAAUCAGAGUAGUGGAGAUGAGAGGACAAAAGACGAUUGAGGGCGGGGAUCAAUGAAGAAAGUAGAUUUUCAUUCUCCUGGUUAAUUUGUCUUUCAAGGUAUGACCCUACUGGUUUGUUCUUUGUGUUCUGGUAUUCUUGUCUUGCAAGUCCAAACAGUAGCUAAUUGAGAUAUGACAGGAAAGAUGAGCACAUUUAGUGCUCACCCACAAAAAAAAAUAAAUAAAUAAAUAAAAAAUACACACACCUGCCAUGGAGAUGGUAUGUAACCACUAUCUUUAUCUGUUUUAGAAUUUCCUAAUUUCAUGGUUUCUAGACACAUUAGAAAGCUACAAAAUACAGAUGAGCACUCUUCCAAAUUUCACAUCUUUUAAAGAUGUACAUGACAGUGAUGUUUCUGACCAACUGCUCCAUUAACAGUACAAACAUUAGGAAAAAGAAACAUUCAAUGACUACUAAAACAUGUUUUUUUACCAAUUUUAAAUGGUCCUUCAAUCACAACUGUCUGAAAAAAAUGUUUGGUACACCACAAGGGUUUCUCAGUAUGUACCUUAAACAUGCAUGUGCACAGUAGGUAAUGGGAGCCCAGAUAGAACAGUUGAUUGUUAGGUGCCAUCUCUUGGACAAGGUUAGGUAUAGAAAGGAAUCAUUUUCAAAUGGCAGUUGCUGGCAAAAAAAAAACAUUGCCACUUUAAUAUUCUGAAUUGAUAUUAAUUCACUGGUUAUGAGUUCAUUCAUAUUUCAUCUAAUUACCCUUAGUGUAGCAAACAUCUACACAUCAAUUAUAAGCAGAAGAUAUUUGAUUUUGUGAUCAUACUUAUGACCUCUGCACCUGAUUGCUACUUUAACCCAUUAACUCCCACUAAGUGAUUAACAUGCAACUUCUUCCCUUAAUAUUGAGACAUUUUCCUAAAAAUAGGUGAUGACGAUACUCAAACUUAUCGGGUAAAACUUGUUAUUUUGAUCUAACACCAAAUUUAAUUUUGCAGCUAAUUAACUAGGAAAUGUGUAGCAGCUAGGGAGAAGAAUUGACAAUUAGAUCUUAGGAUUUCAAGAGUUAAAUAUGGAUGUAGAGGGUGCUUUUAGGAAUGAAAGAACUAUGGAUUUAGUUUUUCAUCUUAUGUUAUGGCUUAGUACAUGCUUUUGUAACUUGUACAUUUAAACACUAUAAACUAUUAAAUAAAAUUUUAUUUUGCCAUGGAU